GCUUCGCUAUUAGUUCGUGAGAACAGCUGCGAUGGUCGUGAAAUUCUCAUGCAGUUCUGCAUCCUCCCAGCUAUCUCAUUUCUACCUAGUCAAUCUUCGUUACAGAGCUUCUCAGUACAGCUACUGCACCCGUCCGCUUUAGCAGGACGCAAGCCCAGCUGUUGCCGUCGCUAGGUACCAGGUGCUUCUUGGAUCUGGGAGCAAGCAGGCUCGCUCCAGGCCGUUGGGUUAAGUCUCUCCCAGUCGCUGGUGUGCCGACGAUGGCUCCGCGCGUUAGGCGUCACUCUCAGCAGCGUUGGUGCCAUGCGUUUCCUCGGCGAUGACGUGUCUACCCGAGUUCUGUCGGCCGUGAGAGGUCCGAGGGUCUCCUGCUCGAACAUGGGUUGGGGCACUUUCCUUCCGCUGAAAUUCAAGUCACCACUCCCACAGGGCCACAGGCUCCACAUACAUUAAGUAUCAAGUCUAGCAAGACGCUUUGUGGACGGAGAUGAUUGCCCGUUCUGUGCCUGCUGGAUCCUGCAUUGACUUUAGGCGCCAGAAGGGCGUUCACAACAUGUGUCGGCGCUUCCCACACCUCAAGAUAGUGACGUCAGCGAUCGACUCGGGGAUAAACGUAUAGUGCAGAGCAGAGCGGUGCUGGGGAUGGGCGAGUUUGGGGUCCGGUACUUUGGAACAGAGGAGGGUGAAGACGGGAGGGAUGCUGAGGCUUUGGAGGCGUCUUGAAACCUUGCCAGUCCACAUCACAACUAGGAGUGGGGACUAGCAACGAGGUGAUGUGGAGAUUCUUGAUUGGACUCAAAAAUCACCUCAAAAUACAUUUUUGAGUCGACUAGAAAAAAUCACAACGAGGAGUGGGGACCAGCAACGAGGAUUGGGGACCAGCAACGAGGAGUGGGGACCAGCAACGAGGAGUGGGGAACAGCAACGAAGAGUGGGGACCAGCAACGAGGAGUGGGGACCAGCAACGAGGAGUGGGGACCAGCAACGAGGAGUGGGGACCAGCAACGAGGAGUGGGCGUGUGCUUCUCUUGGUUUUGUGUCAUUCGUUUGUGCCCCAUUAAUGGGUUUUGUUGCAGAAGCUAACCCUCUGAACCACAGCAACAGCAGCAACCACAGCAACAGCACCAACACCAGCACCAGCACCGGCACCAGGACCGGCACCAGCACCGGCACCGGCACCGGCACCAGCACCAACACUGGCAGCUUCGGUCCCUGCACCAACACUGGCGGCUUUGGUCCCCGCACCAACACUUGCAGCUUCGGUCCCCGCACCAACACUUGCAGCUUCUGUCCCCGCACGAACACUGGCAGCUUCGGUCCCCGCACCAAUACCAGCACAAGCAGCAGCAGCACCUGAAGCAAGAGGGGCCAGUGGUCUUUCAACCAAUGUGCAUUGAUUCGGGGCACCUCACAAGGGGUCUGAAUGAGAAACGUUUGCCGAGGUGAUUAUCAAGGGUGUCUAGAUGAAAAUAAGAGCGGGUUUGUUUGGCUUGAAAGAACUGCGUUGCUCGUGUGGUGUCCAUAUCACAUUUAUGGUUUGUUUUGUUUGACAUCGCUGCAUUGGUAGGUACCCGGCACUGACCCUGAUGAUGAUAUUCACUAUUUCAUUAUUCUGGUAUCCG